UGGCUGAGGACAUCUCUCAUGCUCUAUUUCCUCAUCCCUCUAUUUCUUCCACUGUGCCUCUAUUCUGUUUUCCUUUUCAUGCAAGCUCUUUGGGGCAGGGACCAUAUUAUUCUGUGUUUGUACAGUGCCUAGAGAAAUGGGGCCUGGAUCCAUCACUAGGGCUUUUAGACAUUAAAAUACUACUAUUAAUAAUAAUAAUUAAUAAUGCCUGCUCUUUUCAAUACCUCCCUCUUUAUACCUCUCUCUCUCUUCCUCUCCACAUCCUUCUUCGUCUCCCUGACCCUUCUCUCAUGGUGUUCACCCGCCAUCCCUUUCCCUAUAUUUCCUCCUCCUCCUCCUUUGCCUGAUGCAUGAUUCUUCUUCCUCUCCUGCGCCUUAUAUCCUCUUCGUCUCUCUCUCUCUCUCUCUCUCUCUCUCUCUCACACACACUUUCUCAGUCUCCAGUUCCCCUUCCUUUCUGUGUUUUAGAUGCAGUCUGGAAAGACACCUGUGAGAUCAGAUAAGUUUGUUUACUUCCUGCUAAUCCUCACUCCCUCACCUAAAAACAUAACGUGGACAUCCACCCACCCACACUCUCACAUUUCAGCCACUUCCAGUUUCAGACACGGGGUCUUUUUUUGGGCAGUGCUGUUUUCUGAUACCUCAAGUAGCUUGGGAUGACUUGGGAUGGGUAGAAGAAGGGAGUCAGCUCCUGGAUUUGAGUAAGACAGACUACCCAAGAGAUCCCCUGUACACCCAAGUGCUUUGGGACCAGAGAGAGGUGCUCAUUAGAUAGGGAAGGUCACAGAAUUUUAGACACCUAAGGAAUCUUUAAAGAGAAUGCAAAUCUGCACAUGCAGUGCUGGUGUAACCAGUUCAGUGCCCCUCAAAAAUGAGUGGAGGGUGAAUGGAACUAGGGAUAUAGGCACACAAAAUCUCAAAAGGAAAUUUGUAUGGACAGGUGCCAUUCAGGUCAAGAAACUCUGAGUGGCUGAACCCCAGUGCUAAGGAAAACCACAGUGCCUGUAAAUGAGUAAAAUACAGCUGGAGUGACAGGCUUCAUCUGUGUGAGCAUGUAGAAUGUCUCGCUUAGAAGAAGGAGCAUGACAAGGCCCAGGAGACCGAUCCCAUUGGUCAGUGAUACACAAGAUUACAACUCUACAACUCCUAGCCUUUUUUGGGAGGGAAAUAAAAUAGCAUAGAUGUACAAAACAGGCCAUUUAUGGUUUCCUUUGGAAGCUUGGAGGGGGAUCAGACCUAACAGAAUUAGAUUUUGCCUGUACUGGAGAAAGUUCACAUCAUACAGUACAAAACAACAGAUAAAAAGUUUACUGAACACAAGAUGACUACAGUCGAGAUACUAUUCCAAGGACAAAUGCAAGUUGUUCUUUGAGUAGUGUCCCGAUGAGUGCUCCACUAUAAGCGUAUCUGUGCCCCUGCGCCUCUAAUGAGCGAUUUUAGGUAGCGGUGUCUGUUCAGCCCAUACAUGCGUUCUCCCUCCCUCAUGGUCUUCCUCGAGGCUGUCUAACACUGUGCGGGCGAACCCCGCUCAGUUCCUUCUCAACCGUCUUUGGCGUCAAACGGAGUGAGCAGUUGUCUCUUCCUUAUCUGCAUCAUUAGUAUUGACUCAAAGACUACCCAAAUGGGUCUCUAGUUGCAUUAAUUACUGUUAUCAAGGGCACACCCUGUUUCCUCCAUCUGGAGUCUGUACGCGCUCUGCAAGGUGAAUUUCUACCUUGGUCGCAUUCCUUAAUGAUGUCCCUAUAUCGGAAAUCUGCAGAGCAGUGACUUGGGCCUCUGCCCACACUUCUGCAGAAUAUUGUGCUAUCACUGGAGAUUCGGCUUCCGAUGCCAUCUUCGACUCCACAGUACUCUCUGUAGUAACAGACUCCACUCCGAAGCCUCGGCCCUCCAUGGGGGUACUGCUGUAAAGUCACUUGCAGUGGAGCACCCCUAGGGGCACUACGAGAAAAAGAAGAGGAAGUUACUCACUUUGUGUGGUAACAAUGGUUCUUUGAGAUGUAUCCCCAAAUUGGUGCUCCACAACCCGCCCUCCUUCCCUCUAGCGUUCUCCAUAAGGGGAUUUGUGAUAGAGGAGGACCUGAGGGGGGUUUGCCUGUGCAGUACUAGAUAGCCUCUAGGCAGACCACAAGGGAGGGAGAGCACAUGUGUGGGCUGAAUGGACAGUGCUAUCUAAAAUCUCCAAUUAGAGGAGCAAGGGUGCAGAUACACCUACAGUGGAGAACGCCUAGGGGGAGACAUGUCGAAGAACCAUCGUUACUGCACAAGGUGAGCAACUUCCUCUUGUCCUUUUGUCUUUUGGAUGCUGUAGCAAACCCUAUCUGCCAUGAUAAUAUCUUGCUGGUUCAAGAAGCCAGAGAGAGAACUGACUGUGCCCUCUAUUAAUGACCUACAAACUCUGUCACUGUAGAUUCUGAUGUGAUCCCUUGUAAUAUGUAGGAGCUGUUUGAUGGCUGGGAAGUUGAGAGCAUGUUUUGAAAUAGGCCAGCCAUGUUUCUUCUACUUGAUGCUAGUUACAUCCAUGGAAGAUGGGAUACUUCUUUUGAUUGCAAAAGUGACAUAUCCAGUUGACACGGCACUUAGGCAAAAUGACUGUACACCUGGCUUCCCUCAAAUAUGGUCUAGAGAGUUCUACAGUAUGGUUUGUGGCCACCCUCAGCUGUAUUGUGGAGGUGCAGGCUUCUGCAGCAGCAUGAUAGGAGAUGCAAAUAGGAAAGGCAACAAACAUGCUAGGGUUGGAUUUCUUGUUGUCUUUUUUUUCCCCCAGACCUGUGUCAUCCGUGCGUGGGAUAUGACAAAACCCCUGCUGUUCUGCCCUGCUAUGAACACAGCCAUGUGGGAGCAUCCUAUUACAGCUCAGCAGGUGGAGCAACUAAAGGACUUUGGCUACAUGGAGAUCCCUUGUGUGGUGAAGAGGCUGGUGUGUGGGGAUGAAGGUCGAGGUGCCAUGGCGGAAGUAUGGACCAUUGUGGAGAAGGUGAAGGUGAUCCUUUCAGAGCGGGACUUGCCGACCCAGAAAUGAUUCCUUGAUGUAAAUUACGUUUGCACCCCUCCGUGACAGUUUUUCAGUGUGAGGAUGAAAGCAAUGGGGAGCUGAAAUGGCAUGUGCCUCCAAGAACAUUGCCAUCAACUGAAAGAAUAAGAUGUUUGGUUUACAGUGCCAUCAGCUGCUCUUACAUUAAAACCUCUUACUAUCAUUAGAGACCUUCCAAAACGGAAGUCAAGUUUUUAUAUAUGAUUGUGUGAGGGCCCUCUGCCAUACCUUAUACACAGUUCACAUACAAACAUCUGUAUAGAGAGGGACUUAUAUCAUACUAGGCCUCUUGAUCCUGAAUAUUUUAUAUGGAAUAGUUUUUGAAACAUUGAAAAGAGAAUUUCUUAGUUGCUCUAUGUCCAGCAUCAAGAGGAUUCAGAGAAGAGAAUGGUGUAAAACAGUGGUGAGCAAGCUGCAGCCUGUGGGCCACACAUGACCCGUCAGGGUAAUCCGCUGGCGGGCUGUGAGACAGUUUGUUUACAUCAAUCGUCUGCAGGCACGGCUGCCUGCAGCUCCCAGUGGCUGCGGUUCACCGUUCCCGGCCAAUGGGAGCUGCGGGAAGUGGUGGCUGUGAACCGUACCGCCCACCGCUUCUGCAGCUCCCAUUGGCUGGGAACGGUGAACCACGGCCACUGGGAGCUGCGGGCAGCUGUGCCUGCGGACAGUCAAUGUAAACAAACUAUCUCGCUGUCCGCCAGCAGAUUUCCCUGACGGGCCUCAGGUUGCCAACCACUAGUGUAAAAAUAUUUAUUAUGGGAAUGCUCCCAGCCUCCCACUAAGUGUCACUGUAGUGAAUGUUGUAAGAGCACUGGUUUUGGAAAGCUCCUAUAGCAGCUGCUCUAGUCUUCACCUUUCCAGCAGGAAGCCCUAUAUUAUUGAUAUUUCCCCAAGAAACUAUAAUGGGAAAAGGCUACAAUUUUACAUUUGAAUGCCGUUUGACUCAAUCUUUGCAUGUUUUUGGUGCCUGAUGUGCACUUUCUAAAUUACUUGAAUGUAGUUGUUUUUUAACAUCACAGGAGAAAAAAAUACAUUGAAAGAGAGCACAUAAGGCCUUGUAUUGACCUUUGCCCUUUUGUAUCCAUUGAUGUGUGGAGAUGCAGUCAUCAAAUGUAAACCAAAAUGAACUUUUGCUCUGCCUGGCAGGGUGCUGCACGUCUUAGAAUCAACAUGUUUGGCCACUCUGGAAAGCCUGGGGAAGCUGUUCCCAAGAGACUUUAAUGCUCGUUUUGAAAUUGAAAAUUAACUGCGUAAUGUGAGGAAGUUAGGAAAUCUGACCAUGGACACCAGUGGCUAGACCUGAGAGGGCCCCACAGUUCCUCCUCCUCCUUUGAAAUGCAAUCCUUCUACCUGAAGGGGACGGGAGUGGACUGGGGAGGGUGCUGCAGUCAGAAGACCACAGCGUUUGUUUACAGAUCCUAGAGUUUAUUUUUAACUAGUCACAAUCAAAUAUAAGGCCUUCUGUACAGAACCUACAUAUUAGGCAACCUUUGAGCUCCUUAGCACGAAAGGUUAUCAUGGAGUGUUUAGUUUCCUUAUCGAUGCUACACAAAUAAAAAGGCUUCUGAACUUUCCCACUUCGGCUUCUUUACUGAUGUAGAGUGGGCCCCAUGGGGGCCCAGAAUUGCUGGGAAUAAGGGCAGAAGGGAGUCUAAUGUCACAGCCUUAAGAGUAGCAGGGAUGUUCGGCUGGGUGAUACUGUUCCACAGUAGCAGUAAGAAUCCUCAUUUUAUAGCGGUGGCCCGGUGGCUUCUAGUCCUCUCUCUGGCCUCCAGCAGUGACCUACCUCUAGCAGUGCUAUAUUGUGAGGGUGACUGACUUGUGAGGUUUCCCCAUGUUUGUGGGAAAAGUCUCGUACUAUUAGUGUAUUAGAAUAGCUUUGUGGUGCUGACACAGGGUCUGAUCCAAAGCCCAUUGACAUCACUAGAAAAGACUUCUGUUGACUUCACUGGACUUGGAUCAGGCCCUCACUGAGUGACUACAAAACCUUUGAAGAGAGAAUGUGUUCUGCUGGUGGUUACAACGGAAUGGGAAUUGGGACUCUUGGGUUCUAUUCCUGGUUGCGCCACUGAUUUGCUCUGUGGGAUUGGAAAAGUUACUAACCUUCUUUGUGCUGCAGUUUCCUCAUCUGUUUAAAAAAAACAAAACUGGAAAUAACACAAAACUAUCUUGUGAGGCUCACAUAAUUGUAAAGCACUUGCGGAUCUUUGAAUAGAAGGAAUUUUAUAAUUUCAGAGCCAAGAGAGAGAAUUCAGUGGAGAUUAUAUCAAUGAAGUUGUAUAGAUAUACAUUAAAGUAGAACAUGAUCCAUAGCAUGAGGAAAUAUGAGCAGACACUGAGAUGACCACUUAAGGAAGUAAGAGAGAACUGCCUGAAAAAUAAAGGAUGGAGCUUUUUCUUAAAGGACCCCACUCUGUUUUACCUUUGGUACAAUAUCAGACAUUAGUGUGCCAUUGUGUGAUCCUUUGCAUGAUCACUGCUUGGAAACCUGAGUGGACACUCCUCAGAGUACCUUUUAUUGGAUAUGGGUCAUGGUGUCAGCAUGGGUUAGUUAAAACUUUGUUGAAACCAGUGGGUGUAACAGCUACUCUUCAUUUGAGAUAAAUGUAAGACACAGUUCAACUCCUGUAUGGAACCACAUAGCUGAAACAAUAGCAGCCUCCAUCCAAAACACAGGAACAUGUAACUACCGUGCACAUGGGGGCAGCGGGUUUUGCUGGGUAUUGUUUUGUGAACUUUUGUCUGCGGAAGAGAGGCUGAAAGACCAGAGAAGGCAACAAGGAAGCAUCAGACACAACAACAGAAGCAGCGUAGAUCUGAGGAAAAAACUAAGAGUGCGCUUUUGGGCUGAGUUCUGGCUAGAAAGGGGCUUGAAGCUGUGAUCAAAGAAACUCUGUCUUGCUGUUUGAUUCUUGCUGUGCUCAGACAAACAGGACUUCAUACAUACUUUGUAAAUAAACAGAGUUGCACCAAA